GGGAAAUUAUGAGAAACUGGAACUAAAUUUUGGAUUUACAUAAUGUAUUCCACCUCCGCAUCUUCAUUUUUCUCCCAGUUUGCAGUUCAUUGUUAUCAAGGAAAUCUACAGAAAUGCCUUUUUGUGCUAUAACAACUAUCUAUAUAUGUUCUAUCUCAUGGCUAAUGCAGUUUCAUAUCCUCUGAGAAGACUGAAAUGACUCAGGUACACCUUCCCUUUCCUUUGCCACCUAAAGAAGGCCAAGUAGUGAUGGGAUUUUGCUCAGUUUAACAGUCAUUUAUACUCUCCUUAUUUCAGGUUUUCAAUCUUCUCAGAAAGAGUACAGGCUCCUGGGUGCCAGGAAUCACUUCUUGUAUUUCUGUACUCACUACAGCUGAGCACUUCGGUUGUGCAGCGAGUGGGGAGGGAUACUUAAAUGCUUUAAAACAAAUACUAACAGCAUCAGAAACUAUAAAGAGUAUAAAAACAAUUCUUAUGGAAGAUAGAAUAUAUUUGUAAUCACUUAAGCACAAUGAAUAAAUAUUUGUUUCUGAAGGACAUUUAUGUGAAUGGAAUUGAGGUAGCUUUCACCAAACCCUGAAAAUUGUGGAGACGCAUGGUGGCGCUGCAGGAUAAUAUCGCCGAGGGGAAAAAAAAAAAAAACACCUAUGCUGGAUGAUGUUCCGGACUCUCUUACCCAGUGCACACAGGGAUUUGGGGAGACAGAAAGAACAAGGCUUCAAGGGGCGAACUAGAAGCUAUUCAACGGGGUUAAAAUCCUUAGGUCUCUGAAGAUUUGGUGGACAUAACAGGCACGUUUCCCAGAACUGCAAAGUGGAGCUGAAGCGAUCCUGCAGGAAGCUUUUGGGAAAGGAGCUAUGGAGCACGGAGGGGCAAGCACUCUGCGGAUAAGGCAAGUCCUGCUUCUCUUUGUUUUGCUGGGAAUGUCUCAGGCCGGCUCCGAGUCUGGGCGCUUUUCGGUGGCAGAGGAGAUGCAGAGCGGGAGCUUUGUAGGCAAUUUGGCAAAAGAGCUGGGACUGCAAAUGGGUGAGCUCUUCUCCAGGGGGGCUCGGGUGGUCUCUAAUGAUAACAAACAGCGUUUGCAGCUGGACGUAAACACGGGGAAUUUGCUCUUAAGCGAAGCGCUAGACCGGGAGGAGCUCUGUGGCUCCACCGAGCCCUGUGUGCUGCAUUUCCAGGUAUUAAUGAAAAACCCCUUGCAGUUUUUACGGAUUGAGCUCCAGGUGAGGGAUAUAAAUGACCACUCGCCCGUCUUCUUAGAAAAAGAAAUGCUCCUAGAAAUCCCAGAGAAUAGUCCUGUCGGUGCCGUGUUCUUACUAGAAAGUGCGAAGGAUUUAGAUGUAGGAAUGAACAGUAUAAAAAACUACACAAUAAGCCCCAACUCUCAUUUCCACGUCAAAAUGAGAGUCAAUCCAGACAAUAGGAAAUACCCAGAGUUAGUUCUGGACAAGGCACUGGAUUAUGAAGAGCAGUCCGAGCUCAGUUUCAUCCUCACUGCUCUGGAUGGCGGGUCCCCGCCCAGGUCCGGGACUGCCUCUGUUCGUGUGGUGGUCGGGGACACUAAUGACAACUCCCCUGAGUUUGAGCAGCCAUUUUAUGAGGUGAGGAUUCCAGAAAAUAGCGUGCUAGGCUCACUGGUUGUCACCGUCUCAGCUUGGGAUUUAGACUCGGGAAAAAAUGGGGAAAUAUCAUAUACUUUUUCCCAUGCCUCAGAAGAGAUUCGCAAGACAUUUGAAAUUAAUCAAAAGUCUGGAGAAGUGAGUUUAACGGCAUCCUUGGAUUUUGAAACAAUUGAAUCAUACUCAGUAAUCAUUCAAGCCACAGAUGGUGGAGGCCUUUUUGGAAAAGCAACAGUCAGAAUUGAGGUGAUGGAUGUGAAUGACAAUGCUCCUGAAGUCACUGUGUCGUCAAUUACCAGUCCAAUCCCAGAAAAUUUGCCUGAGACUGUGGUUAUGGUUUUUAGUAUCCGAGACAAAGACUCUGGGGACAACGGGAUGAUGAUUUGUUCUAUCCCAGAAGAUCUCCCAUUCACGCUAAAAUCUUCAGUUGAGAAUUACUACACAUUGGAAACGGAGAGCCCACUAGACAGAGAAAGCAGAGCCCAGUACAACAUUACCAUCACCGUCACCGACAUGGGAUCCCCCAGGCUGAAAACCCAGCACAACAUAACCCUGCUGGUCUCCGACGUCAAUGACAACGCCCCCGCCUUCACCCAAACCUCCUACACCCUGCGGGUCCGCGAGAACAACAGCCCCGCCCUGCACAUCGGCAGCGUCAGCGCCACAGACGCAGACGCAGGCGCCAACGCCCAGGUCACCUACUCGCUGCUGCCGCCCCACGACCCGCACCUGCCCCUCGCCUCCCUCGUGUCCAUCAACGCGGACAACGGGCACCUGUUCGCCCUGCGGUCCCUGGACUACGAAGCCCUGCAGGCCUUCGAGUUCGGCGUGGGCGCCACAGACCGAGGCUCGCCGGCGCUGAGCAGCCAGGCGCUGGUGCGCGUGCUGGUGCUGGACGACAACGACAACUCGCCCUUCGUGCUCUACCCGCUGCAGAACGGCUCGGCGCCCUGCACCGAGCUGGUGCCCAGGGCGGCCGAGGCGGGCUACCUGGUGAGCAAGGUGGUGGCGGUGGACGGCGACUCGGGCCAGAACGCCUGGCUGUCGUACCAGCUGCUCAAGGCCACGGAGCCCGGGCUGUUCGGCGUGUGGGCGCACAACGGCGAGGUGCGCACGGCCAGGCCGCCGAGCGAGCGCGACGCGCCCAAGCACAGGCUGCUGGUGCUGGUCAAGGACAACGGCGAGCCGCCGCGCUCGGCCAGCGUCACGCUGCACGUGCUGCUGGUGGACGGCUUCUCGCAGCCCUACCUGCCGCUGCCGGAGGCGGCGGCCGAGCAGGCGCAGGCCGACCCGCUCACCGUCUACUUGGUCAUCGCCCUGGCCGCGGUGUCGUCGCUCUUCCUCUUCUCGGUGCUCGCGUUCAUCGCGGUGCGGCUGUGCGGGAGGAGCAGGGCCGCCUCGCUGGGUCGCUGCUCGGUGCCUGAGGGCCACUUUCCGGGCCACCUGGUGGACGUCGGCGGAACUGGGACCCUGUCCCAGAGCCACCAGUAUGAGGUGUGUCUCACCGGAGGUACUGGGACAAAUGAGUUCAAAUUUUUGAAGCCCCUUAUCCCCAACCUCGCACCCCACUGCCCUGGGAAAGAAAUAGAGGAAAAUCCCACCUUCCACAAUAGCUUUGGGUUCAAUAUUCAGUGA